AUGAUCGACGAAGAAGAUGAUGAUUUUCAUGAGAAUCGUGUUAUAGAGGUAAGGUGGAGGGAGGCCAUUGAUGGGUUAGAUAAUUUGCGAGUGCUGGGCCGACUGUAUGGACACGUUGCAUACACGGGGACGAAGAGGGCUGGUGAUGGCGAGUGGAUCGAUGAUGGUCGGCCGCGAGCGAGUGCCCAAGCUGCUGCAAUUGCACAAGCAAUAGAGGAACAGUUCUGUCGCAGCUGUGCGAAUUCGGGAGUGCGGGAGAAUCAACCAUGCGAUGAUCCUCUAUCCAAUGAUGGUCAACUAGUGGUGGAUGGUGAUAACACCGGCGGUCGGCAAGCUGACUUCGACGAGAAAAUGGCAAUGAAGUUACCCACUAUCGGCCCAAUCCAACCGUUGAUCCUCGGUCUUCAUUCAAUGGUGCGAGUGAAGGCUGCAUCCGUUGCGGAGACCAUAGAGCAUAAUCGGAGUAUUGGUGGCACGCACGAAGUCCCGGAUGAGGAGGAGAUUGACAUUCGACAACGACAAGGAACUCCUCGUGUUGAGGGUAGUUGUGCUUGCACAUCAAAAUCGGUCGACGGAGCAAAACAUGAGGAUCGAAUCGGAAGAUACAAUGGCAACCAACCCAUAAAUGGAGAUAGGAAUGGAUUUCAUGCGUGA